AAUCAUCUUCUCCUGUUUCCAUCAGGGCGAACAGCCGAACCACAGAAGAGGAUAAAGGCGAGGGAUUACGAGAGUAAAGAAACGAGAACGGAUUACGAACAAGAAAAUAAAAGAGGUCCGAAAAUGGAGUAUCGAACCAAGGAACCCGAGAACCAGUCUAUGCCCCAGCGCUUCGGCCGUUGGCUCUCUCUGAAGCAGUACCAGAUUGAAGUCACUUUUGGUGUAUAUAUGUUUACGCCCACUGAGAAGUUCAUAUUCUGGUCCAUCGUAUUCUUACUCUCCGCUAUGGGCUCCAUCGCCACUAUCCUCUACCUGCCGCAGCACAUCGUCUUCAUCAUCAACCGCGCCUGGUUCUACGUCAACGGCGGCGAGGGCAGCGGCGGUCUCGGUUCGCCUAGUGUCGUUGCCGCCGCCAAAAGCGCCCUCUCGCUGUCACUCGACAACACGGACUCAGUUACCUCCACUGCUACGGAAAUUGUCCGCGAAUUAUGAUGAUAAUGAGUAACUAGUGAUUGACGGAUAUUGCCCUUAGGGCGCCUGCCUCUCGCCCCUUCAUAGACAGGAGAGAGGC